AUGGGUGGCUUCAUUAUCCGCCUAGCUCCUCAAACUAGCUCCCGACCCGAACAUAAGCAAACCUUCGUCGAGCGAAAAUGCUUGGAGGUGGUAGUGAGCAUGCCGAUCUUUAGCGUGCAGCCUGCCCUAAAUGCCAACAUACGAAAUGCUCCGACUGUUACUAGAAUGGAACAUACCGAGUACUUUGCAGGGAGACGAUUCUGA